UUCUGAAGGCUCCAAAAAAAUUAAUUCAACCGGAAUUUCACGAAUUAUUACGUUCAAGAGUUUUCACGUCACAUCAUAAAUUUCCCAUGCUUUCAAAUUCUUUCCAUAAUUUUCCUCUGUGUAGAGAAAUUGCAGACGAGUAAUCAUUUUCUUCCGUGACCACAACAUUUCCACUGAGUUAAUUCCCCCCAUGUGCAGAAACUCGUUCCAUAGAUCGAUCAAUUACUUCUGAAUACCUCGAGAGACUCUAGAGCAUCAGAAAGGAUUAUUCAAGUAUUAAUGACUAUCGACGUUAUCCAAUAUGAAUGAUUCUUCCCUUGGAAUAAUAACCGGGGUAUUACCGCAAAAUUGGCAUGUAAUAUCAUCCGGAAAUUACUGGGAUCGAUAACGACCAUUGUGAAUCCUCUCCCGAAUGAAAAUAGUCGUGAGUAGAUUCUGAUCUUCUUGAGUUUCAAACAAGAGUUCUUAAAAAAAAAAAGUUUAACUAUGAAACAUGGAAGAUAUGACAUCGACACGAUCUCAUUUUAGAGAAUGCCUUGGUGGUGAUGUAUUUAUCCUACAAUGCAUGGGAUUAUAUUCAAUGGGUGCUAUUUUUAAGGAUGAUAAACCUCAGUGGCAUUAUUGGGAAACUAUUCCGUUUAUCAUUGGAUUAGGAACAAUAACUGUUGCUGUGAUUUUUGAUAUACGUAAUGUAUAUGAUACGGCGCAGACUGAUUUUAUGAUGUCCAUUGAAGUGGCUGCAGCUGUAUUUACUGUAGCAUUAGCUGUAUUUAAAGGGUAUCGGCUGUGGUUCCAUCGAAAAGAGCUUUACAACUUGUUGACGGUUUGCCAUCGAAGAUGGAAUAUCCUGUCAUCACGUAAUCAUCUACGAGAGGACUCCAUUGGAAUCGCCAGGAAUACCCGGCUCUUCAGGAUAUGUUACACAGUAGCUGUCGUCGGUACCGUGGGUUCUUAUAACUUACGUCCCUAUGUGCUCUAUCUCAAAUUUCAUCUCGCUCAGACGAAUGAUUCUUUCGAUUUCUCGGAGACUGUCUACCCCGCGCAUUAUCCAUUCACUUUAAAUACCCCUAUUCAAUAUUUUUUAUUGACAACAUGGGAAAACUGUGGAUUAUAUUUUUUGGAUCUCUGGUGGAUAGCGGCGGACUGUCUGUUCGCUCAAUUGACGACACAUUUUGCGAUUCAAUUCAACGUGCUUUCGGGUGAGAUCCGGAGGAUAGAGAUAACACCGACAUCAACACCGUUGGGUAUUAAGAAAAUAAUCAGACAGUUGAAGAGAAUUAUUCGGGAACAUGUUGAAUUGUUAUCAUACGUUCAUGCAGUGGAGGAAUGGUAUAAUCCGAUAAUUUUUGCUACUAUAUUACUCAAUGGACUUAAUUUAUGUACCUGUUUAUACAGUCUGCAAUAUAGACUCGCGAGAAAUAAUUGGAGGGAUGCCGUUAAAAAUACUACUCAUGCCACCACGAUCGCUCUGCAGACUUUUUUAUUCUGCUCGUAUGCCCAACGUUUAAAUGAUGAGAUUAAUGGAUUUCGCCAAGCCAUUUAUGAGUGUUCUUGGGUGAAUUUUAAUAUGGCAACAAAAACAAUGAUUCUGGUUUUAAUGAUACAUACAGAGCGUGAAUACGUGUACUCUGCAUACGGAUUCUUCAAUGUGAAUAUGCCUCAAGUAACUGUGAUAUUUAGUACAGCUAUGAGAUUCUUCACGCUUUUACGAAGUGUUUCAUGAAGAGAACUCGCGAAAUCCACUGCAGAAACCCAUUGAAUGGAUUGUUAUAUCAUCGGAUCUAUUUAAAUAAAAUGAAUAAUUAGGCUAAAGAAGAUUGAUUUCUUAGAUCUCCUUUUUAUCUUCACAGGUAUGACAAUAUUUUUGGCUCUGAAACACAAUUCGAACUUCUUCGAUACCGUCGAUUUGAUGCGCGUAAUGUAUAUUGUACUGCACAGACGGAUUUUGUGUUGUCCAUUGAAUUAGUUGCCGUCAUAUUUACUGUUAUUUUAGUCAUACUGAAAAU